GCAGUCUACCCCAAAAUAAACAUAGCCUCGGCCACAGAAAAUACAACAAAAGCGCACCUACAGCAGCUGGCGCACGGAAAACCACCCAACUCGGUCCGGUUCGCAAUCAGAAAUGUCCUGGGGCGGGAGGAGCAGCGCCUAGAACCGCUUAGCCGCCCUCGAGCGUCCUGCCUGCUAAGCAAUUAUGCAAGUUGCAGCCGCAGAUCCAACUGUACUCGCCGCGCCGCCAGUGGAAGUGGAAGUGCAAGAGCAAGAGGAGGAGUCCCAGUGCCCAUGACCCCCUGACUCGGAGGCAACGCCGCCAGCAGAGCAGUCCACACGAUCGACGAAAUGAACCAGAGACAUUCCGAACCAUUCUACAUAUCGGCCCGUCUGUUCGACAACCGGCGGCUCAAGCGGCGCCGCUGCCGGUGGAUGGAACGCCUGCAGGAGCGCCAGCGAAGCUGCAUGGCCCAAGUGCGCACCCAGGCCUUCGCCCCCAAGACUGAUCGCUUAACACAGCUGCAGCGGCGCCAUGCGGCUGCCACCUUACCCGCAGACGUGACCAUCGACCUUCUGUCCGAUGACGAUGAUGAUGAUGAAAAGGAUCGUGGGCCGGCAGCGGCUGGACCGUCUACUGCCGCUGUCCACAAUCGUCUUCUGAUUUCCGCCCCCGUCGUUGGACAGCGACGACCACGAGUGGGCAGAAGACAGUCGGGCCGUGUCGUCGCCUACUCGUCGUUCCCCGUGACCGAGAGCAUCCUGAUAACCAGCGACGACGAACAGGAAGCCAUCGUCUCCAGACGCUCGCCGCCACCGCUCGCACCGCUCAGUAUCUCGCAGACCAUCGAGGAGGUCACUGUCUCGCUAGUGCCGCGAUCCUCCACCACUGCCAACUGCCAACAGACGAGACUGUCCAGCCACCACCUGAAGCCCUGUCGAGCGCCCACGGCGGGCACCAAUGGCAUGGGAAUGGGAAUGGCAAUGGCCGGCGGAGGAGAGGGAGGAGGUGGCGGCGGCGGCACCAGCAGCAGCGAUACCAGCUGCUUUCUGGAGGUGGACGUGGGCGGCGACAUCACAGCCACACUGCCGGACGAGACCACUGUGCACACGGUGAUAGCGAACCGCAUCUACGAGCUUUCGUUGAGCAAGCUGCGCGAAGGACUGGCGUCCAGCGGAGUGCCGGAGUACACGCACGAUCUGCUGCCGGAACAGCUGCAGAAACUGUCGCCGGCAUUGCGCGCCAAGGUGGCACCGCUGGUGGCGCCCUCGCCACCCACGCCCAUCUCCCUGAAACUGUCAAGCGACCUCAGCAUAUCACUGAUCUCAGACGACGACGACUGCGAGGGCAGUGUGCCACAUGCCAGCGGCGGCGGAGGCGGAGGCGGUGGAUCCGAGGUGGUGCACCCAGUUGUGGUGGCUGCCGCGGAGGCACAUGCCGCGGCCAAGCUGCUGAAGCAACAACAGCCGCAGCUGUCGGUGGUGCAGCACCUGCAGUACGGUGGAGGCGGACUCGCUGCCCCCGUGGCACUUGCACUCCCGGUCAUGGCGCACGCGAACUCGUCCACUUCGGCGGUGGCUUUGCCGCUGCAGCUUCCGCGCCGCCGGAAACUUGGAUGAGCCUAACCACAUACAACUUCAAAUAUCUGCCUGAUGUGCGCAGCUAGACCCGAAUACCCAUCGCCAUAAUAUCAUUCCCCGAGCCGAAAGGAUAGCUCAGACUUUUUCUAGCCGUGGCUAGUAGUGCAAAUAUAAACGUAGAUCUAGCAACAACAACAACCCAUCACAGAUUCCCAGUUGCCCCUGAAUUAGGGCCAAAUUAUUAGCGGACCUUUCAUAUCUUCAUUUCCCCCAACACACUGUGUUUUCCUUUCCUCUUCUUGUCUCUGUCUUUUUCAUACUUUAAGCUUUAAAAGAAACGAGACGACAACGUACAAAAGAAAGUAGAAAUUAUCAAUUCAUAUACAUACAUGCUUGGGAAAAAAGAAAUUUGUAAAAUUUAUAAAAGAAAAGGGAUUAGAAAAUUCGGAAGCGAGAGACAAAGAAAGGUGAACCCAAUAUUUAUAACGUACAAGUAGAUAGAUUAAGUUAUGAUUAUUAUGUACAUUUGAUUAAGAGGAUCGUACUUGGGGGGAACCAGCGAGUGAUUCGUCCCAGCCGCAGUCUGUAUUACAUUUAACUGAUCACCACAUCGGAAUAAAAUUUUCUUGUAUAUAACUGCAGACCAGACCCCUGGGA